AUGAUAAUAUCGAUAUAUAAUGAAAAGUAUCGAAAAGAUAUAGAAAAGUAUCGAAAAGAUAUCGAAAAGUAUCGAAAAGAUAUCGAAAAGUAUCAUAAAGAUAUCGAAAAGUAUCGAAAAGAUAUCGAAAAGUAUCGAAAAGAUCGAAGAAAAGAUAUCGAAAAAUAUCGAAAAGUAUCGAAAAGAUAUCGAAAAGUAUCGAAAAGAUAUCGAAAAUAUCGAAAAGAUAUCGAUAAGUAUCGAAAAGAUAUCGAUAAGUAUCGAAAAGAUAUCGAUAAGUAUCGAAAAGAUAUCGAUAAGUAUCGAAAAGAUAUAGAUAAGUUUCGAAAAGAUAUCGAAAAGCAUCGAAAAGACAUCGAAAAGUAUCGAAAAGUUAUCGAUAAGUAUCGAAAAGAUACCGAAAAGUAUCGAAAAGUUAUCGAAAAGUAUCGAAAAGAUAUCGAAAAGUAUCGAAAAGAUAUCGAAAAGUAUCGAAAAGAUAUCGAAAAGUAUCGAAAAGGUAUCGAAAAGUAUCGAAAAGAUAUCGAAAAGUAUCUAUAUAUAUCGAAAAGUAUCUAUAUAUAUCGAAAAGUAUCGAUAUAUCGAAAAUAUCGAAAAGAUAUCGAAAAGUAUCGAAAAGAUAUCGAAAAGUAUCGAAAAGAUAUCGAAAAGUAUCGAAAAGUAUCGAAAAGAUAUCGAAAAGUAUCGAAAAGAUCGAAGAAAAGAUAUCGAAAAUACCGAAAAGAUAUCGAAAAGUACCGAAAAGAGAUCCAAAAGUACCGAAAAGAUAUCGAAAAGUACCGAAAAGGUAUCGUAAAGUACCGAAAAUAUAUCGAAAAGUAUCGAAAAGAUAUCGAAAAGUAUCGAAAAGAUAUCGAAAAGUAUCGAAAAGAUAUCGAAAAGUAUCGAAAAGAUAUCGAAAAGUAUCGAAAAGAUAUCGAAAAGUAUCUAUAUAUAAUGAAAAUAUCGAUAUAUAAUGAAAAGUAUCGAAAAGAUAUCGAUAAGUAUCGAAAAGAUAUCGAUAAGUAUCGAAAAGAUAUCGAUAAGUAUCGAAAAGAUAUCGAUAAGUAUCGAAAAGAUAUAGAUAAGUAUCGAAAAGGUAUCGAUAAGUAUCGAAAAGAUAUCGAAAAGUAUCGAAAAGAUAUCGAAAAGUAUCGAAAAGACAUCGAAAAGUAUCGAAAAGAUAUCGAAAAGAUAUCGAAAAGUAUCGAAAAGAUAUCGAAAAGUAUCGAAAAGAUAUCGAAAAGUAUCUAUAUAUAUCGAAAAGUAUCUAUAUAUAUCGAAAAGUAUCCAUAUAUAUCGAAAAUAUCGAUAUAUAAGUACCGAAAAGAUAUCGAAAAGUACCGAAAAGAUAUCGAAAAGUACCGAAAAGAUAUCGAAAAGUAUCGAAAAUACCGAAAAGAUAUCGAAAAGUACCGAAAAGAUAUCGAAAAGUACCGAAAAGAUAUCGAAAAGUACCGAAAAGAUAUCAAAAAGUACCGAAAAGAUAUCGAAAAGUACCGAAAAGAUAUCGAAAAGUACCGAAAAGAUUUCGAAAAGUACCGAAAAGAUAUCGAAAAGUACCGAAAAGAUAUCGAAAAGUACCGAAAAGAUAUCGAAAAGUACCGAAAAGAUAUCGAAAAGUACCGAAAAGAUAUCGAAAAGUACCGAAAAGAUAUCGACAAGUACCGAAAAGAUAUCGAAAAGUACCGAAAAGAUAUCGAAAAGUAUCGAAAAGAUAUCGAAAAGUAUCGUUAA